CUCACGAACAGGCCUUUUGUUCUUCCUGGUGCUGAUCGAAGACCACGUUGGCGAAAAAGUGCAUUUGAUCCGUGUUCUUCAGGUUAAUUGAUAAUGUUUCUGCGAACCUGACAUUUUAGUGCGCAGGUCUAGCGUACAAUAUGCAUUCAGUCUGCGGGGAGGGCACUAGCGUGAUACUCCAAACUCCUACAUAGCUAGCACGUUCAAACCUAAAUCAUUAAAACACCGAUCUCCACGGAAACAAAACAAAAUAGCUGGAUUGUCGACAACAGGGUAUUUUUAAAACAUCGGUAUUCAGCGAAAAAUACUGCGUGUUUCCCCGUGGAAUGAGCGUUCCAUGCAGCAUCCUAGGUAUGAAUGACGUUGCCUGGCAGGAGACACGAGGUGGGAUGCUGCACACGAACGGUGCCCCCGAGACCGGAGGGGUGAGGGGUGGUGGCCAGGGCCCCGGAGGCACGCACCCUCUGCAGGGCAUGGACAGAGGGGCCAACCCCACCCCGGGCACACCGCAGCCACCCCUCAGCGGCCGCUCCCAGGACGACGCCACCGUCGGGUACUUCUUCCAGAGGCAGCCAGGGGAACAGCUCGGGGGCUGUGCCACCAGCAAACACCGCUGGCCCACUGGCGAUGGCAACCACGUCGAUCAGGUGCGUGCUGUGGACGAGAUGAACUACGAUUUCCAGGCCUUGGCUCUGGAGUCUCGUGGGAUGGGCGAGCUACUGCCUGCUAAAAAGCUGUGGGAAUCGGAUGAACUGCCCAAAGAUGGAAGGAAAGGGAUGCUACUGGGGGAAGAGUGGAGAGAGAAUGCCUGGGGAUCCUCCCACCACUCCGUAUCACAGCCCAUUAUGGUGCAUAGGCGACCUGGCCAGGGUUUCCACGGCAAUGGAGACGCCAGCUCGGUGCUGUCCCCGCGCUCAGAGGGCGGCGGCCUAGGCGUCAGCAUGGUGGAGUACGUGCUUAGCUCCUCCCCAGGCGACAAAAUGGACGGCCGCUACCGCAACGGAGGCUUCGGUGGAGGAGACGGGGACCCAGACGGCCGAGAGAAGGGUGACCCCAAAGACAAAGCGUCCCCAUUCGAGGAAGACAAGAGUGCCGAGAUGAAGGUGUGCGAGGAGGGUGACGCUUCCAAGUCCAACGGGAGAGGUCUGCUCAAUGGCAUGGACCGUGACUGCAAAGACUUCAACCCCACCCCAGGUAGCCGGCAGGCCUCCCCCACCGAGGCGAUUGAGCGCAUGGGUCCAAGCCAGGCUGGGCUGGAGAUGAUGGGCCAACACCACGCCCUACAGGCUGCCGCCAACGCUGCCGCCGCCGCAGCAGCAGUCGCCGCAGCGGCCGCCGCUGCUGCCGCCAACAAGCCCCAACAGGCGCCCGAGGACUUCCAGGGCCAGGAGCCCCAGGGACUGAGUGGCAUGGAGCAGCAGGGGGUGGAAGCGCUGCAGUUCGACUACGCCGGCAACCAGAUCCAGGUGGACUCCUCCGGCACCCCUGUGGGCCUGUUCGACUACAACUCUGGCCAGCAGCUGUUCCAGAGGUCCAAUCACCUGACUGUCCAGCAGCUGACUGCAGCCCAGCAGCAGCAGUAUGCCCUGGCCGCUGCUCAACAACCACACCUCGGCCUUGCUCCAGCGUUUGUGCCAAACCCUUACAUCAUCAACGCUCCUCCUGGUGCUGAUCCCUACACCGCCGCUGGCCUGGCCGCCGCUGCCACACUCGCUGGCACAGGCCCAGGCUACCGCAUGCGGUUACAUUGUGAAGGUCCUGCUGUCGUGCCGCCACAGUACUACGGAGUCCCAUGGGGUGUGUACCCAGCCAACCUUUUCCAACAACAGGCUGCGGCAGCUGCCAAUCACUCGGCUAACCAGCAGGCGUCCAAUCAAGGACAGCCUGGACAGCCACAGGUGAUGCGUGCAGGGAACAACCAGCGCCCUCUGACCCCGGGUCAAGGUGGGCAGAGCCAGCAGGAGUCUCUGGCAGCCGCAGCGGCCAACCCUGCCUUGGCCUUUACCAGCAUGCCAGGUUACCAGGUUCUGGCCCCUGCGGCCUACUACGACCAGACCGGUGCGUUGGUGAUGGGUCCUGGAGCGCGCACAGGCCUGAGUGGACCGGUCCGGCUGGUGCAGACCCCUCUCUUGAUCAACCCUGCCGCUGCUCAAGCCGCUGCAGCGGCGUCCGCCUCUGGCUCGGGCAACAACAUGUCUGGCCCGGCCAACGGCCUGUACCGCUCCAUGGGCUGCCAGCAGCCGCAGCAACAGCAGCAGCAGCAACAGCAGCAGAUGCAGCAGCAGCAGCAGCAGUCCAGCGGCCUGCCCUCCAGCUCUUUCUACGGCUCAGGCUCCGUGGCGCCCACCUCCCAGAGCAGCUCGCUCUUCUCCCACACCACGGCCCAGCCGCCGCCUCCCCCGCCACAGAGCUCAUCGUUGGGCUUCAGCGGCACCGGCGGCUCCCUGGGCGUGGGCCUUGGCUCGGCGCUGGGCGGCUUCGGAUCCUCAGUGGGUAGCUCCAGCAGCAGCAGCGCGUCUCGCCGUGACUCCCUGCUGCCCAGCUCUGACCUGUACAAGCGCGGAGGCGGCAGCAGCCUGACCCCCAUCGGUCAGCCCUUCUACAACAGCCUGGGCUACUCGUCCUCCCCCAGCCCCAUCGGCCUGACCCCGGGACACUCCCCGCUCACCCCACCACCCUCCCUGCCCUCCUCCCACGGCUCCUCCUCCAGCCUCCCCCUGGGCGGCCUGACCAACGGCAGCGGGCGCUACAUCUCGGCGGCACCGGGCGCGGAGGCCAAGUACCGGAGCACGGGCGGCGGCGCCUCCAGCCUCUUCAGCUCCAGCAGCCAGCUGUUCCCGCCGUCGUCACGACCACGCUACAGCCGCUCAGAUGUCAUGCCGUCCGGCCGCAGCCGCCUGCUGGAGGACUUCCGCAACAACCGCUUCCCCAACCUGCAACUGCGCGACCUGCCCGGCCACAUGGUGGAGUUCUCCCAGGACCAGCACGGCUCCAGGUUCAUCCAGCAGAAGCUUGAGCGGGCCACCCCAGCGGAGCGGCAGAUGGUGUUUGGAGAGAUUCUGCAGGCCGCCUACCAGCUCAUGACUGAUGUCUUCGGCAACUAUGUCAUCCAGAAGUUCUUUGAGUUCGGCAGCGCGGAUCAGAAGCUUGCAUUGGCGACGCGUAUCCGUGGGCACGUCCUGCCCCUGGCCCUGCAGAUGUACGGCUGCCGUGUCAUCCAGAAGGCCCUAGAGUCCAUCUCCUCCGACCAGCAGGUAAUUAGUGACAUUGUGCGAGAGCUGGACGGCCACGUGCUCAAGUGUGUGAAAGACCAGAACGGAAACCAUGUGGUGCAGAAGUGCAUCGAGUGUGUGCAGCCCCAAGCCCUGCAGUUCAUCAUCGACGCCUUCCAGGGACAGGUGUUUGUGCUCUCCACCCACCCAUACGGCUGCCGGGUGAUUCAGCGCAUCCUGGAGCACUGCACCCAGGAGCAGACCCUGCCCAUCCUGGAGGAGCUGCACCAGCACUCUGAGCAGCUGGGCCAGAAGUAUCAAGGCGUUUCAUUGGAGAUGACACACAAAACAUAUCAUACAGGGUCCAGCGAUGCGCUCUUCAAGGAUCAGUAUGGGAACUACGUCAUCCAGCAUGUCCUGGAGCACGGGCGACCUGAGGACAAGAGCAAGAUCGUGGCCGAGGUGCGCGGCAAGGUGCUUGCCCUGAGCCAGCACAAGUUCGCCAGUAACGUGGUGGAGAAAUGCGUCAUCCACUCCUCCCGUGCUGAGAGGGCGCUGCUGAUCGACGAGGUGUGCUGUCAGAAGGAUGGUCCCCACAGCGCGCUCUACACCAUGAUGAAGGACCAGUACGCCAACUACGUGGUGCAGAGGAUGAUCGACAUGGCCGAGCCCGCCCAGCGCAAGAUCAUCAUGCAUAAGAUCCGGCCUCAUAUUGCGACCCUCCGCAAGUACACGUACGGUAAGCACAUCCUGGCCAAGCUGGAGAAGUACUACAUGAAGAGUGGCUCAGACCUGGGGCCGAUCGGGGGUCCCACCAACGGCCUGAUGUAGGCUACCCCUCUCCAUCCGUCACCCAACCCACACACCCUCCCCCAUCCCAUAAACCCCUCCUUGGCUAGCUCUAUAAAGGUGCACUCGACCCAGCUGGGUUUCUCUAGACACCCUCAAUUGCUUCCCCUUGGGGGAAUUACCAAAAAAAAAAUACAGAAGAUGAUGAAAAAGAAGAGGAGAUAAUUAUAUAAAAAUAAUGAGACAGAAAAAAAAAGUUGACUUCAGCUCAUAGUACAGUGAGGUGCGACAAUAGCCUCUGUGCUUGCCCUGGUGCAGUUUUCCCUCAUGACCACUAGGGGGUGCACAGCCUGUAGGCCAUCUCUGGGUAAAGCACAACUAGCCCUUGUUUAUGAUGUAAUUGAUGUAACUGACUGGUUUUUCGUAUAUACGUAUAUAUAUAUAUAUAUAUAUAUAUCUUGUACAUUUUUUUUUACCUUGUAAAUUCUCUGUAGAAAACGUAUACAAAUUUGCUGAAAUUUACAAUUCUUACAAUUUACACCAGCAAGUGACUUUAUAAAGCCAAACUGAGUGAUCCUUUUUAAAAUAAUAUUAAUUAUUAUUAUUAUUUUAUUUUAUUUUUAGUACCCAUAAUUCUCAUACUAGCAGUAAGUGGUGACAUUGGUAGACCUCACCUCAUGGCCCCCUGAGUUUAGACAGUGGUACUAAUGCCAAAGCAGUUGAUUUCACACAAAUCAAUAAUCUAAUCUCCAUCUAGCAUCUAGCUUCGGUUUUUGGGAUAGAUGGUUAUCACCGACUCAGCUUGCCGGCAAACACUCUGUCUCUUGUACCAUUGAGUUAGUCAAAUGAAUAUUUGGCAGAUCCAGUCGCCGAUCUUUUGCUUGGUACAGACACGGAGUUGCUCUGAGGCUCCUGGGUUAUUAGGCCUCAGCUUCCUCUGAUUUCUUACUUUUCCUUUCUUUGGAGUCAAACUCCUCAGUUAAUAAAAUAACAUCGGACUACAGCUUUGUGGUAGCUGGGUUUUUUUGUUUUUUCUCUCUUUUGCGUUCUUCUAUUUAAUGAAUUUUCUUGGACAAGGAGAGGAAGUUGGCGUGAGGUCACAAACUCCCCCCACGACAGGCUAUGUUAGUUCAACAUCCUGCGCUCUCUGUCUUUUCCUUUUUCGUGUGCGUGUUCUCUUUUUUUUUUUUCCGGCCACAGUUCACUUGGGUGGCUGUGGCCUCCUAAAUUACCUUCAGAGCUACUGGCUGUAGUGCCGAACUGAAUUCUUUUUAAGUUGUUUUUCGAGAGCAGAGCCUGAGACCGAAGCACAUUGGUUGGUCAUUCUUCGUGACCGAGCGAGACCAAUGUUGUCUUUCCAUCGUUACGUGGGAGUGGGGAGUAGGAUGUUGGGGAG